AUGAGGAAGAAGGCUUCCGGGCCAGUCAUAGUGGCAGGCUGGGUGGCACUCUCCGCAGCGACGGUCGCUGCGUUCAUCUGGGCCCGAAGAGACCUGACGGCUAGACGACUGGAUAUCGUCAGGGAGAAUAGAAAGGCCAAGUUGGCCGAAGCAAGUGCUGUCGAAGCAACGGUACGAGAUCCAACGGAUAAACCCUCAUAG